AAAAAUAUCAAAACAACCAACAAUCGGCUUUUCUCCAACAUUGGCUUUGACUUUGCAUUCACUGAACCCAGCUCGUGCCAAACCGGAUGCUCACUCUACUUCCACAUCGAUUCCCGUUGUUUGCGAUACUUACCAAGAAUGGCAUCUGUUGGCAAGUGUGCUCGCUGCGAGAAGACCGUCUACCAGCUCGAGGCCAUCACCGUCGGGCCUCCCCGCAACGUCGAAGUCUUCCACAAGAGCUGCUUCAAAUGCUCCCAGCCCGGCUGCACCUGGCCGCUGAACGUGUCCAACUACAAGUACACCAAUGACAAGGUUUGGUGCGGUCCUCACAACCCGACGUCUGGCGCAAGCUAUGGUGCUCACGAACAAAACUCGCUCGACAUCACUGCUCAAUCGGUUCAGAAUGCACUCAGCGCACCGCGAGCACAAGACCUCGUCAACCAGCAAAUCCGAAAGACCACAUAACGAUUUCAAGUGAUCUUCCGCUUGACAUUGCAGUGUGCUUUUGAGAGGCAAAUACUGUAUCAACAUCAAUCCAGAAAGACUUUGUGUAUUUUUUUUUUUUGACAAAAUGAAGCCCUCUUUACAGCU